GAGGACAACUGCACAGUAACAGCCUGUGAAUGCUCAGCCCACGCUACGGAGAAAAACCGAGCAGCUUGUGACAUCUGCACCUCGCCCUCUAGGCCUUUUGAGCUUCUUAGCUGAUUCUGGUGUGCCUGUCUGUCAGCAGAGAGAUGCCCAAGGGAAAAGGUCCACAAGGGAGAAGGAUCACCUUGAAAGUGGCAAAAAAUUCAGUCCGGGUAGCUUUUAAUGGAAGGCGCCGUCUUGACUUAAGCAAAAUGGGCAUUGCCAUCUUCCCCAAGUGCAUUCUGGAGCUGGCUGAUGUGGAGGAACUUGAUUUGAGCAGAAACUUGUUAAGAAAGAUUCCAAACUUCAUUGAGAAGUUCCAGAAUCUGAUGUGGCUGGACCUGCAUAGUAAUCAGCUUGAUGAGCUGCCUGCAGCAAUAGGCACACUUAAGAACCUUACUUACCUGAAUUUAUGCAACAACAAGUUGACCACAAAAGGUCUGCCAGAAGAGUUGACCCUUCUCAAGAACCUGCGUACACUCAACCUUGGCUUGAACUGUCUCGAGACUAUUCCCACCACUCUUGGGACCCUGAGGGAACUUAUUGAGCUAGGUCUCUUUGACAACUCCUUGACUCUGAUCCCAAAGAGUGUGAAAAAGCUCCCCAAGCUUGAGAGACUGAAUGUAAAAAGAAACCCUUUACCAGAAUUUGCAAAGGAAGAUGAGCCAAUUGACACAGUUAAACGCAUUGAAUCGCUUUACUUAGUAGAAAAGAAGGACCUGUGCAAUUCCUGCCUGGAGAUGUGUCAGGGUGAGAGGGACGAGCUGCACAAGUUAGAGGAUAUGACACCCGGCCCCUCAAAUAAGCCAAGUUUCCCUUCACUCAUUACACCCAAUUCCACUGCAAUGAAUAACCAAGAAGAAUGGAGAAUAAAAGACAACAAUCCUUGA